AUGGCGCACGAGGUUAAGCUAGUCGAACAAUCCAUACUGAUCGACGCAGGGCUUGCAACGAUAGACAACUUUGCCAACCCCGUCGAAUGGCCCCAAAUAUCCUUCGAGAUUUGCGGCAAAUCUCUGAGCGAGGUUGACCCCCAUGAGCGGCAUCCCUAUAGCGUUCCUUCAGCUCCCUACAUCGACGAGCCGCUGUUCCCCGUGCUGGUGAACAACCAGCCUGCCGAGGACGCCGUUUUCGAACAGCCGCCGGCUAACAACAGAGGGACACCGGAUCACAAGCGGAAGAGGGGUCCAGAAGAGGGGGAGGCCUCUGAGCUACAGCUCGCGAUAUCCGACGAACAACCAGGCUCCCAGAAGAGGCGAAGAGUGAUGAAGAAGGAGAUACCGUCUCAGCCGCCGGCCGAGAUCAAAGGGACAUCGGGUUACAAGCGCAAGAGGGGUUCAGAGGGGGACGACCAUGGUCAGCCGCCGCUCGCCACCCCUGAGGGACAACCAGGCCCCCAGAAGAGGCGGAGAAUGAUAGGAAAGGAGAUACAGUCCCAGCCGCCGGUGUCGUCGCGGCCGGCGCCGGCCGGUGUAGCGUCUGGCAGCAAGAGGAAAAGGCGAUCCGAUAUGGACUGCGAGGCUCAGCCGGUGCCGGAUGAGCCAGAGGCCAAGAAGAGGAAGGUCGUCAGGGAGGAGAUAACAGCCGCAAACGUCGCCAGCAGGAGGGAUCGCAGGACUCGCACGAGACACAGCAGCCGGGCGAAGCCUGCCGCCCUCCGAGAGAGCUCACAGCAGCGCAUGCAGCCUUCUCCGACAACGCUCACGCCUCGAGUCACCCGCGCACGACGCCGGCAGCUCUCGGGUGCGGAUGCCCAGCUCCUGCAGCUCGGACAGGACGGCCGUGCCGACGUGCAGGUGCAGACCGACAGGAUUCAGAGGGACGCUCCGGAGGCUGCCACCGAGAGGCCGAGGCAUCGACGGUCUGCCGGCACCAAGACUAGGGGUCGGGUGCAGCCGGCGACGUCUUUGUACAUCCAGGUCAGCCCCAUCUUCGAGGGUCGGGUGCAGCCAGUCACAUUCCUCAACCCCAUCGCUGCACGCAGGGACUGGAAGGCAGACAAGCUUGCCUGUGAGGCUUGUGUACCGGUUAUCCUGACAGGGUCGGGUGCAGCCGGCGACAGUCUUGUGGGCCAGUGA